AGUUGUGACGCAAGCACCCCGCGACCCUCGGCAGCUGCUGGACUCGUGGUGCUGCUAUGGCUUCCUCUGGGGUGGCGGGUGGGAGACAGGCCGAAGAUACGCUACAGCCACCGCCCGAGCUGCUGCCGGAGUCCAAGCCGCCGCCACCGCCUCAGCCUCUGCCGGUCGCCGUGCUCCCGCCGCCGGCGGCUCCGCGGCCUCAGUCCCCCGCUGGCGCGAAGGAGGAGAAUUACUCCUUUUUGCCGUUGGUUCACAAUGUCAUCAAAUGCAUGGACAAGGACAGCCCAGAUCUCCACCAGGACCUGAAUGCCCUCAAAACAAAGUUCCAGGAGCUUCGGAAGCUCAUCGGCACCAUGCCCGGCAUCCACGUGAGCCCCGAGCAGCAGCAGCAGCAGCUGCACAGCCUCCGAGAGCAAGUCAGAACCAAGAACGAGCUGCUGCAGAAGUACAAGAGCCUCUGCAUGUUUGAGAUCCCCAAGGAGUAGGCCAGCUCCCAGGAGAGCUGCCACCAGACUGAAAGCGUCACACGGUGCUCCAGCUCCUUGGGAGCCUGGCUCUAAACUGGGAGGCCACAUGUGGCUGGUGUGGGGCCUCAGUGGCUAUCUCAGCCCUGACUAUGUCCCGGCAGAUCUACAGGGCACACAGGGAGAGGAAAUAGCUGUUCCCUUCUUCCCCUCAGCUCCUCCCACCCCGAUAGCAUCAGCCUGGUGUCAGGUACACACUGUUCCCAUUAACAGCAGUGUCAUGAAACAUUUGCAUAGAAUUCACGGGGUAAAUUAGGCCUGCACUCAGAUGGCAUGGAUUUAUUAUAAUUAAAGCAAGCUGUGAGAGUA